AUGGGGGGGUCGUUGUACCGCUGGACGCGGGUGCGAACUCUCGUUCUGACCUUCAUCAUCAUCGUCUUCCUCGUCUACAUCCUCGACGCGAUAUGGCUUCACCCGCGCACCGAGACGGCCAUGCUGGAGCGCCACAUGAACGCCGCCAACAACGCCGCCACGCCGCCGCCGCCGCCCGUGUCGCCCAAGUCGAGCUUCGACUGGUCCGCCGUCAAGUUUAAGUACCCGCCCCAGACGCCGCUGACCCCGGUCCCGGCCGGCGGCAAAGGAUCCUCCUCCCUGCCGCGGGUGCAACACCGGUUCCCGUCCGAGUCCGCCUCGGCCGCCCGGCUCCGCGAGGCCCGCCGCCGCGAGGUCCGGCAGCUGUUCCGCAGGUGCUGGGCGAGCUACCGCGAGUUCGCCUGGAUGAAGGACGCGCUCAACCCCAUCUCGGCCACGGCCAAGGACCAGUUCUCCGGCUGGGCCGCCACCCUCGUCGACUCGCUCGACACCCUUUGGAUCAUGGGCCUCCGGGCCGAGUUCGACGAGGCCGUCGCCGCCGUCGCGUCCAUCGACUUCGGCGCCUCGUCCUCGGAGCGCGUCAACACCUUCGAGACCAACAUCCGCUACCUCGGCGGCCUCAUGGCCGCCUACGACCUCAGCCGCCGGCCCGUCCUCCUCGCCAAGGCCGUCGAGCUCGGCGACAUGCUCUACGGCGCGUUCAACACCGAGCACCGCAUGCCCGUCGACUUCAUCAACUUCAACGACGCCAAGACCGGCAACGGCCUCGUCGUCGAGGGCUCCGUCGUCUCCGCCUCCCCCGGCACCCUGUCGCUCGAGAUGACGCGCCUGUCCCAGCUCACGGGCGACCCCAAGUACUACGACGCCGCCGCCAAGGUCAUGGACCUCUUCCACGACGGCCAGCAGAAGACGAAGCUGCCCGGCAUGUGGCCCAUGUUCGUCUCCAUGAGCAACCGCGACGUCACCUCGGGCUCGACCUUCACCAUCGCCGGCUGCGCCGACUCGCUCUACGAGUACCUGCCCAAGAUGCUCGCCCUCCUCGACGGCCACGAGCCCAAGUACCGGGACAUGACGGAGAACUUUUUGCGCGCGGCCAACGAGUCGCUCUUCUUCCGCCCCAUGCUGCCCGGCGGCGAGAACGUGCUCAUCUCGGGCAACGUCGACGUCGACGGCGCCGGCAACAAGGUCCUCGACCCGGAGAGCGAGCACCUCGCUUGCUUCAUCGGCGGCGCCUACGCCCUCGCCGGCCGCCUCCUGGGCCGGGAGGAGUGGGUAGCCGUCGGCGCCCGCCUGACGCUCGGGUGCUACUACGCCUACCAGGCCAUGCCGACGGGCAUGAUGCCGGAGCGCUUCAACAUGGUCGCCUGCGCGCGGCGGGACGACUGCCCGUGGGACGAGGCCCUGUGGGAGGCCGGAAAGAAGCUGCGGCCCGAGUACAAGGAGCACCUCCCCAAGGGCUUCACGACGGCCAAGGACGCGCGGUACAUCCUCCGGCCGGAGGCCAUCGAGAGCGUCUUCGUGCUGUACCGCGUCACGGGCGAGCGCGGGUUCCAGGAGGCGGCGUGGGAGAUGUGGAAGGCCGUCAGCAACGGCACGCUCGUCGAGCUGGGGAACGCCGCCGUCCUCGACGUCACGCGGAAGCAAGACCCCCUACCCAAGGAGGACUACAUGGAGAGUUUCUGGCUGGCGGAGACGCUGAAGUAUUUCUACCUGGUCUUCUCACCGCCCGACCUGAUCAGCCUCGAUGACUACGUACUCAACACCGAGGCACAUCCCUUCCGGAGGCACGGUUGA